GUUUAUUUCUCCGCGUUGAGCUUCCUUCACCCUUCGGAAAACCAUUUUAAUAAUUUUCUUCAACACUUUUGUCCUUAUCCGUGCCUCUGCCUGAAUCGGGCAGAUAUGCACUUUGCGCUUCUUCUUCUUCUUGUCUUCGCCACCGGCAAAUCGCGAGACAGACAUUCUCUCGCCAACAAAGAGAGCCCUAAGUAUUUGCAGGUCAAAUUUGUAGCCUCAAGCUCGAUUCAUGACUUGGCUCUGAAAGAUUGUUUCUUUUAGUAAAUUGAGAUUGUUCCAAAGUCAUCUUGGGGUCUAAGAAGGUGCUGCAAUGGCGUCUAGAGAAGGAAAGAGGCCUAGUCAUGAGAAUCUUGUGCCUCUCGCUGCUCUGUUAAGCAGAGAGACGAGAGCUGCUAAGAUGGAGAAACCGAUUGUGAGAUACGGGGAAGCUGCUCAAUCUAGGAAAGGCGAAGAUUAUCUCUUGAUCAACACUGAUACUCUUCGUCUUCCUCCCAACUCUUCCACUGCUUUCUCUGUCUUUGCGAUAUUUGAUGGGCACAAUGGAAAAGCUGCAGCUGUUUUCACAAGGGAGAAUCUGUUGAACCAUGUUCUUAGUGCUCUUCCCCGCGGGCUUAGCCGUGAUGAGUGGCUUCAGGCUUUACCUCGUGCGUUAGUCUCUGGAUUCGUCAAGACUGACAAGGAGUUUCAGAGCAGAGGAGAAACUUCCGGAACAACAGCCACGUUUGUGAUAGUAGAUGGAUGGACUGUGACAGUCGCAUGUGUUGGGGACUCCCGCUGCAUCUUGGAUACUUCAGGCGGUUCUGUUUCAAACCUCACCGUGGAUCACAGGCUUGAAGAUAACAAAGAAGAGAGAGAACGGGUGACUGCUAGUGGUGGAGAAGUUGGAAGGCUAAGCAUUGUUGGAGGCGUUGAGAUUGGUCCUCUGCGGUGUUGGCCUGAAGGUCUCUGCCUUUCAAGGUCUAUAGGGGAUAUGGAUGUUGGAGAGUUCAUUGUUCCAGUUCCUUUUGUAAAGCAAGUGAAGCUAUCAAACCUUGGAGGAAGGCUUAUAAUAGCCUCUGAUGGCAUAUGGGACGCUCUCUCCUCAGAAGCCGCAGCUAAAGCUUGCCGUGGAUUACCAGCUGAACUUGCUGCUAGACAAGUAGUUAAGGAAGCAUUGAGAAGAAGGGGACUAAAGGAUGACACAACCUGCAUUGUGGUCGACAUAAUCCCACCAGACAACUCCCAAGAACGGUCCACUUCUCCUCUUAAGAAACACAACAACUUCUUUAGAUCUUUGCUCUUUAGAAAGAAAUCGAACUCAUCUAACAAGCUCUCCAAGAAUCUCUCCACUGUCAGCAUCGUUGAAGAGCUUUUCGAAGAAGGCUCUGCAAUGCUAGCAGAAAGGUUAGGAUCAGGUGACUGUUCUAAAGAACCAACAACAGGAGGAGGAGGAGGGAUAUUCACGUGUGCUAUAUGCCAACUAGACUUGGCUCCUCGCGAAGGCAUAUCGGUCCAUGCGGGUUCAAUCUUCUCCACGAGUCUGAAGCCGUGGCAAGGACCCUUCUUAUGCACAGACUGUCGUGACAAAAAGGACGCAAUGGAAGGGAAACGCCCAAGUGGAGUUAAAGUCAUCUAAGAUUGAAGAAUGGUAUCCACUUCCACUUCUUACACACACACACACUCUAUAUUCAUAUUCAUUGUAAUUCUUUCUUCUUUGGUUCUUUUUUUAUUGUAUCCAUUCAAAUAAAUUUGAGUUGGACUGAUUCUUUAUGCAUAUGAGAAUCAGGUUCAGUGUCGGAUAGAGUGUAUUGAUUGGUAUAUGUUUUGAGAAGCUUGUGUUCAUACUAAAGCAAAAAACUUUAUGUAUUACCUCUGUCUUCUCUUUUGUCAUUCUCUGAAAAAACGAGUUGUUGCAUUCCU